UUCAAGAUAUCGCAGGACGGCAGGAGGACUCGACCUCGAGGAGAAAAGCGAGGGCGAGAGUCGCGAAACAAUCCCCCCGCGUCCUACCUUCCCCUCUUUCUCUGCGGCCCAGAGAUUUCGUUCUCGGAUUGCGAUUCCGGCGUGCUCGUUGCGAUCUCGUCUCCAACCGUACCGAUCGCGAUGAGUGAUGUAUUCGAUGGCUAUGAGCGCCAGUACUGUGAGAUCUCUGCAUCUCUCUCCCGGAUGUGUACGUCUGCUGCACAACUCGAUGGAGAGAAAAAGAAGCAGAAAGUCUCAGAAAUUAAAUCUGGAAUAGAUGAUGCUGAGAAUCUGAUUCGCAAGAUGGAUCUUGAAGCUAGAAGCUUGCAGCCUAGCAUAAAAGCCGGUUUGUUGGCUAAGCUCAGGGAAUAUAAAUCGGACCUUAACAAUCUGAAGAGUGAACUUAAAAGAAUUACCAACCCUAAUCCUAACCAAGCUGCAAGAGAAGAGCUGUUGGAGUCAGGGAUGGCUGACACGCUAGCGGCCUCCGCCGAUCAAAAGGGUCGGCUAUUGAUAUCAACAGAGAGACUCAAUCAUUCUACUGAAAGAAUAAAGGAGGGCAGAAGGACAAUGUUGGAGACAGAGGAGCUUGGUGUCUCAAUUCUUCAAGACUUGCAUCAACAGCGACAGUCUCUCUUACAUGCACAUGGCACACUGCAUGGGGUGGACGAUAACAUCGGGAAGAGCAGGAAAGUUCUGUCGGCCAUGUCGAGGAGGAUGGAUAGAAACAAGUGGAUAAUCGGUGGAAUCAUCGCAGCUUUAGUCCUAGCGGUUCUGGUCAUAUUGUAUUUUAAGCUUGUUCGUUGAAUUCCAUGUGCCUAACCAGUCCUCACAGUGCACUUACCAAACUUGAAUGGCAACUGCUCGAGUGCUCAGUGUGUCCUCUGAUACGGAUCUUAUGUGUGUGAUAUUUUUCACUACAUGAUUCCUGAACCGUAUUAUCACAUGUAUGAAUUGGUACAUGUCUUCUCGUGUUAUCUUCUCAAUUGUGAUUAGGAGCAGUUCGGUUGGCCGUUUUAGUUGA